AUGCCUCGCAACAAGAAGACGGCUCGAUCCAAAUCGCCAACCAAGAGGCAGGCUGAUCGGAAACCAAGCAAUCCCCAGCUAGCGUCGCAGCCAGCUGAAGCCGAGCCUGGGAGCCGAAAGGUUGACAUUGUCGCAGAAGCUCCAGAGCUUGGGCCAUCCAAGUCUUCGACGAACGACUCCGAGAAGCCUUCCCCCGAGAAGCAGGAGGGCAACGCUCCUGACCGCGACGAGACUCCGAAGAAGCAGAACCGAAACGAUCGACGGACAGCAUUCGCAAGGAACAAUGGUGACGAGGAUGGGAACGGUCACUCGCCUGAUGCUGAAAAGAGCUUCGGGAGUGAUGGAACCGCCGAUGAAACACUUGUCGACGGUUUUGAAGCUGACAGGUCUGAAUCAACCGCGGUCAAGAGCAUGAACGACGACGAGUACCCCCGUCUCUCGCUCGCCGCGUAUGGCCGAAGGAACAGCCAUCGAUAUGGUUGGAAAGCAGGAGGUAUUCGGUUUGCUCCUCUGCAAGUGCCUCUCGUACGCCGAUUGCAGACGGGAGCCGUACUUUUCCACGGCCUUUCCAUUCUCACAUUCGUCUCGAUCUUCUUCUUCCUUGCCGCCAUCCCUUUUACGUGGCCUCUGUUGGUUCCGUACCUGAUCCACCUCUCACUUUCCAGCGUCGCUUCUGAUGGCAACCUCAAAUAUCGCUCGGAAAGGUUACGGUCUCUUUACAUCUGGAAGCUCUUCGCUGAGUACUAUCCCGCUGAGCUUCACAAAACCCACGACCUUCCACCUACCAGAAAGUACAUCUUCGGAUACCACCCCCAUGGAAUCAUCUCGCAUGGAGCUUUUGCUGCAUUCGCCACAAAUGCCCUGGGAUUUGAUGACCAGUUCCCUGGCAUCACCAACUCUUUGUUGACUCUCGACAAUAACUUCCGCAUUCCCUUGUACCGGGACUACAUACUGGCCAUGGGAGUUCGAUCCGUUUCUAAGGAGUCGAUCUGGAACACCCUGAGCAAGGGCGGCCGCAAUGGCGAGGGAAUGGGCAGAGCUGUCACAAUCGUUGUUGGCGGAGCUAGAGAAUCUCUUGAAGCCCAACCAGGAACUCUUAGACUCAUCCUCAAGGGUCGCAAGGGUUUCAUUAAGAUGGCCCUGCGAACCGGGGCUGAUCUGGUGCCUGUCUUGGGAUUUGGAGAGAACGAUCUCUACGACCAGCUGAGCCCGAAGACGCACCCUUGGGUUCACAACUUCCAAAUGUUCGUCCUGCGCGUUUUCAAGUUCACUUUGCCGGCACUUCACGGACGCGGCAUUCUCAAUUACGAUGUGGGAAUGAUGCCCUACCGCAGGCCUCUCAACAUUGUGGUUGGCAAGCCCAUCAAGGUCACAACGCCGCCGUCGGCCCAGCCCUCUCAGGAAGAAAUUGACCGUCUGCACGAGCUGUACAUCGCCGAGCUGCAAAAGAUCUGGGACACGUAUAAAGAUCAGUUCGCGCCUGAGCGUAAGGCCGAGCUUCAGUUCAUUGCUUAA